UCCUCUACUUGUGUACUUCUCUGUACUUGUGUACUUUCCUCUCUUCGUGCCUCGUGUCUCGUCAUCAGUCUCAGUCUGAGUACAUGUUCACAUUCAAAGUCCGCUUCUCGCUUCACGGUCAAAAUGCCCGGAUGUGACUUGAUCCUCCCACUUUACCCAGGAUGCAUCAGAGGAGACUUGUGCGUACUCUGGCCAGCAGAUAUCCCAGAAUGCAUUUCACCAGCAACCGGAAACAGUAGCGGAGGAGAAAAUAAACUAGUGACAGAUGACUUUUUAUAAAUCCUACUUUUGUUGAGUCAGGAAUGUAAUGUUAGGAUGUUUUGUUUAUUUGACUGUAAAACAUAAAUUACAGUGAAUAAUUAGAGUAAAACUCAGGAGCAAGAACAGCUGAUGUGGUGACGUCAUCAAGUCAGCUGGGCCAAUCCAGAAAGACCAGAAAGACCGUCCUCCCGUCCUCUCGUCCUCUACAAGAACACAAGAACAGAGGACACAAGAACACAAGUACAGAGGACACGAGUACUGACAAGAGUGCAUAUUGAUAAACGUGUUAAGAAUCUGAACCAACUAUGGUGGCAUCCCCAUAUGGAAAGCAUGGUCUCACUUUUCUGUGAUGAAUGCACAGCCUGCAAGAACCAUAACGUCAGAAAACCUUUCAAGACACCAAUGGGAUCUUAUCCCGUUCCCCAAGGCCCAUUCCAAGACAUCAGUAUAGAUUAUACAGAUAUGGGACAAGAAAACAGGGUGGGGGGGAAAAGAUACUUAUUGGUUAUGGUAGACAGAUUUACAAAGUGGGUAGAAGCGAUCCCCACUAAAAACGAGGACGCUAAGUCAGUGAUAAAAUGGCUAAAAACAGAUCUAAUACCACGGUACGGAGUACCAAGACAGAUCAGGUCUGACAAUGGAACACAUUUCAACAACAAACACUUGGCAGAAGUUGAACGAGCACUGGGCAUAACCCACAAGUUUGGGUCGUUAUAUCAUCCUCAGUCUCAGGGGCUAGUCGAAAGAGCCAAUCAGACGAUAAAGAGGAAGAUAGCAAAAAUGUGCGAUGGCACCAAGAUAACAUGGGUGGAGGCGUUACCACUGGCAUUGAUGUCGAUGAGAACAUCACCAGGUGGGGAUACGCAUUUGUCACCGCAUGAGUUGUUGACCGGCAGGAGAAUGCCGGGCCACCCAUAGAUGGAGGUCAUAUGCCAUCUCUGGAUGUUAGCAAAAUCGAAAUGAGUGAAUACAUGGCCGCACUAAUAUCUCUCAUCACAGAUCUCUCCAACCAGGUUGUUCAUGCCCAGUCGAUCGAUCCGGAAGGAAGAGAGUCAAAGGUAAAGGUAGGAGACUGGGUCAGAGUUCGAGUUCACAAAAGAAAGUGGACUGAACCCAGGUGGACUGGACCGUACGAAGUGAAGGAGGUUACGUCACACUCGGUCCAGGUCAGAGGCAAGGCGGGUGCGAAGUGGCAUCACCUGACACAUUGUGCCCCAGCUCCAAGUCCGUUAAGGACAUUGAACGAAGUAAGAACUGAUUUGGAAAAAUGCCGAGAACAAACAGAGUCUUCGGACAAUGUUCCGGAAAAGCCGGAACUCGGGUGAACAGUGAUUGGGAAAGCGGGUGGAAAAUAGCAAUCCUUUGGGGCCACAUUAUGGGGACUAGAGAAAGGCUAUAAAAAUAGGACUGCCCAGGCCAACAUGACACGUACCAACGCUACAGUGAUCCAAGAAUCAAGCUCUACACACACACGACUGGCACUGCCCUAUUCGAUUACUGUCUGUUCUGGGACUGUUACUCAAAAGAUUUGAUGGCAUGGAGAGUAAAGCAGGCCGUGUAUUACCUAUGUGUGGGCCCGAUGUGUAGUGAAUGGAAAAUGGUACUAACAAACACUGGAACUGAAGAUUGGGGUUACAUCCCACCUGUUGAAAACGCCAAAAAUAUGAUUGAGAGGUUCCAUUUAUUUAAAAUGAUAGCAAACCCAUCAGUCCACAGGCAUGCCACUACAUGUAAUCCCGGAGGCCUUACUAUAAUCGACCCUAAACUAACAGACUCCGGAACCUACUCCAUAGGAAUGAAAGAGUCCGGUAGGGACCGCAUCGGAAAUAUACUCAUACAAGUAUCCCCAAGAGCACAAGCUCCAGUAAACAUUAGCAAAGAAAAAGGCGCGACAGAGUCCCCUUCAAAAUCUUCAGAUGUGAUAACAUACGUGGAUUUGACCAACUUCACUGCUAACGACCAAUUAGAAAUAGAAACAGGUUUCAAUGGAGACCAAAACCUAUGGUUACAACAACUCAGAUAUACCGCUAGAACUCAAAAUUUAUCAAGCUGUUUAGCAUGCGCUGCUGCCCGCCCCAGAUUGACCACUGCCCCAUUCCCAAUCAACCCUGUUAAUGAUAUAGUCGGGUUUGAAUGCAUGAUGAGAUUGUUUUCGCCCCAACCAGGGGUCAUAAUUAACUGUAAAACUCUCAGCAUCUUGUUCCCUGCAGUUUCUCCCACAAAGCCGCCCAUGGGAGUCCUGUCCUACCCAGAGAACACUGCCCCAGACGGAAGCAUUACCAGAGCAUUGGCAGGACUCACCAGCCUUUCUAAUGAACUUGCUGAGAACUCCGGUAUAGACACAGACCCACUCACGUCCUGGCUCGAUUCCGUUUUCGGCAAGUAUAAAGCCAUGUUUCUUUCUGCAGCUAUAUCCCUUGCUGUUUUUACUGCAUUACUUUCUUGCUGUGGAUGUUGCUGUAUUCCCUGUCUCCGGUCUCUUUCAAUCCGCCUGAUUGAAACUGCCAUAGAGAAAAAAGAUGCUCUGCAUGGCCAACAGAUGUCCCUGUUAGGACCAUGCAGUGUUCCUGAUUGGGCAUGUAUUGAACCAUAUGAGGGACUAACAGAAGAUGUAAAGGGGGAGGGUUUGAUAAAUGACACUUUUGAAAAGAAAUAAGAUUAAAAGCCCAGUUAUAGAAUAACACUAAAUGAUAGAGUUCACACCAUUAAGGUGUGAAAAGGGGGAUUUGUUAAGAAUAUAAAAAUGCAUACAUAGUACCCCAUGCCCCUCACUUUGCAUUAAGGCCCCGAAGCACCAAACCUUGUGUCCUUCUAUGGCUCGAUUCCAUUUUCAGGCUCUGACCAGAGAGAACAGCUCAUACUCAGCUCACCCACAUGUUUUGGAACAUACUGACACUGCUGGAUAAGAAGCACAGAUACUGUAGGAACAAACACUUCUGGACCUCGGCCAGAAGAUGACACAUCCACACAGGGAAGAUAAUCAGGAACUCUGUGCAACCCUUGGCUCUGACCUCAUCCUGACUGCUCAGUCAUAGAAUUGAGAUUUAAAUAAGAGCCGUACCUGUCAACGCCAAAUAACUUGUUUAUGAAAGCAACAGAUAGUUUCAAUGCCUUUUAGUUUCUAUUAUAUUAAAGAAACUGCACAGCUCCUGCUUUAGAUGGAGAACAACACACACACACACUGAUUAUGAUGAUGGCGAGAAGAUCGUGAGCCAAGAGGGUGGGACCACCCUGAGCUCCAUCAGAAGGUGUUCAAAGUCUAAACCAGGAACACCUCCAUCUGUUUUAACCAACCAGUGCUGCUGUCGUGAGCCCAGAGGGUGGGACCACCCUGAGCUCCAACGAUGAGACGGACACAGAUUAAACCGAGUGACGUCUCCAUCUAUAUCAUCUAAUCACGCUGCUCUUAAAGAUAUAAAGAGCCAUGUUCUCCUGGAGAACUCCAGUCUGUUAUCGAACGAUGAUUUGAGCUGACUUCAUCCAGGCCCGUGCUGCACGUUAAAUGUUUUAUGUCUUUGAGACUUUUGUUCUACCACACUUAAUUAAAUCCACUUUGUUUUGAAUUUUA